UACUUUAGGCAUUCUUGUUCCAUAGUUACCCAAACAUCGAAACAAUGUCAAAAACUAGCUUUCUUGAUAUCCAAUACAAUAUCUCAAAACGUAAGUUCCUUAGGAAACCAACCCGGAUGUUCUCUGGUAGCGACAGACAACACUCUGGCUUGCCUAUAUUCCAACCAAACGUGACCGAGAUGAGGCAUGUCUUUGACAAGUUUGAUCGUGAUAAAGAUGGUAAGAUAUCAAGAAGUGAAUACAAGGCUAUAACUAGAGCACUAAGACAAGGUGGUACGGAGAGAGACGUUCAAAAGAUCUUUGAGGUAGCAGAUUUGGAUGGAGAUGGCUUUAUUGAUUUCAAGGAGUUUAUGGAGGUGCAAAGGAAGGGCGGUGGGGUGAAGGCAAUGGAAGUCCAAAAUGCCUUUCGGACGUUUGAUCUAGACGGGGAUGGUAAGAUAAGUGUUGAAGAAGUCUAUGAGUUGAUGAAGCGGCUUGGAGAGAGAUGUAGCUUGCAAGAUUGCCGAAAAAUGGUGAGAGCUGUUGAUUCGAAUCAAGAUGGUGUAAUUGAUAUGGAUGAAUUCAUGACGAUGAUGACUCAAAACAUCAAGAUUUAAAGGUUAUUCUGUAGUUGGUUAGCUUAUCAUACAUAUAAUAAACAAAUAGUCUUCUCGUCCAAUGUUUCUAAUUAAAAUUGUGUCCCUUGCCUA